UCAUGUUGUCCCGUGGUCACUUCAUUUGUUUUGUGUGUGAAUUUGUGAAAUAAAAAUGCCGAUUUUCUACUAGCCAUUCAUUCUUAAAAUGUCUUUCGAUGGAAUUAAUAGAAGAUAAUUCGCAUGGUAAAUAAGUGUUGGUUAUGGAACGCGGUGGCGCUAUCGAUAUGAAUCGCAAAGCCGGGGAGUUUAUCCGGCGAUUGCAAAGAAUCGUCGAUGGACCUAUGACUAGGAAGAAAAUUGUGUUAUUGUUCCUCAUAAUAAUAUUCUUACUGUUGUACGUUGGUCCAGGACUACUAAAUUGGUUCUUCAACCGUGAAGAUUCUGAAAGUUAUGAGAAUAAAUGUCAGAGAACGUUUUUGGGACCCUUUGACAAUGCUUUAAAGGAUUACGACGUGUAUGUGAGACAGGAGACUGCUGCUACACUGUCCUCACUCAGCCAAUCCAAUGUGCCUUAUGUAGGUAAUGGUAUCCUCGCGCUGACCUUAGAACAUGAUGCCCAUUUGAACAUAAAGUAUGGCCGAUCUUCAGAAAACAUUCGCUUGUAUAAAUACAGAGGUCUCUCUUUACCACUGUAUUAUCAUCCUCUCUAUAUUGUUGAAGAUUUUGAAAUGAAGGAAUACACAGCGACAGAGUAUAGAAAAGGAAUAGUACACAGAUUCCAAUGCAGUGGCUCUGGUGUGCAGAUAUCUUACAAGUAUUAUGCACAUCGAACUAUACCAUCACUGUUUGUGCAGCAGAUUUACAUUAAUAACCCAACUAAAAAGAGUAAAACAUUGAGAAUGAAAACUCCCAGAGUGUCUGAAUGGCCCACUUCGGUCAAACAGACCAUUAAAUUGCAUCAAGGAGUAGACACAAAGGAGUAUGACGUGUUCACUGGCAUGAUCGAGUUACCAGAGAGUGAUCACGUCAUAGCAGCUUCAGUGGUGUCUAGAAAACUGUCAGAUUUAAUACAUGUUGGUGCCAAAGAUGGAUUGGAAAUUUUAGUGUUAACGACAGUUUCAUAUAGUAAUCCAAUAAAAAAAUCUGACUAUGCAAAAGAGAAAGAUAUUGUGGAGAAGCAGGCUGUAGCAGAGAUGGAGAAGAUAAUAGGUAUGACAUGGGAUAGGGCUGCUAUUCAGACUCUGCAAGAAAACCACGCUAGAGUCUGGCAAGGACUUUGGUACACUGGCUUUUACAUUUCUGACUCGAAGGCAGAAGGUGUGAUAAAUGGAGACAGAAUCAAUGCCACCAUUUAUACAAUCCUAUCACAAGUGCAUGCUUAUGAACAUGAGGAUCUUAUUAAACCUGCGCGGAAAGCAGAAAUCUUGCAAACUUUGACCUAUUCAGAAGGCUGUUACGAAGGACAUUCAACACUUGAUGCACUGAAAUUAUGGAAUCCAUUGAAUUCUCUGGAGAGUAUCAACAAGGUGGCCAGUUUAUGGCUUUUGACAUUAGACAAACAGGGAUGCCACAACCUGUUAGCGGCCGGAGCGAGCGGUGUGAAUCAAGCUAUGGUGUUGAGCUUUGGAAGUUUACGUUUCAGUAACCAGCAUUUGGAAUAUAAUGCACUUCCAUCUAAGUUGCAUAGGGACUUCUUAUUCCGCCGGAUUACUUACGGCAACCUGACACAUGUGAACAUUAGUGUGACUGUGCAAGAUGACAAUAAAGCUGUUCUUCUUGUAGCCCUCGACCGUUCCGAUAGAAACUAUUAUGCUUGUGACGCUGGUUGCUUGGAUCCUCCUGUGCAACUCGGUCCUUACAAAAAGUUUUUCCCAGUCAAACAGACUAAUCCUCAAACUUCAAUCCUAUAUAUUACAGCUGAUAAACAGCAUAUGGAAGACUUAAGACAUGCGAUUCAUGUGGACGGAGUAGAGGAGGCGCCGGCGCAUGAACACCACGUCAUAGCACUUCAUAAGCACGGAAGCACCAUGGGAGGAUUAAACCCACUAUUUUGGGUAUCGAUUGUAGCAAUUAUCAUUGUCUUCCAUUUAUUCUUAUGUAAAAUAAUCAUGAAUGAAUUUUGUGACUCUGGAGUAAGCUACAGAAGGCUAUAUAACAAACCAUGAAUAUUUUGGAGCAUCCAAAAUGGAAUCAUGUCACAGCUAUGUACAGUACAUGUAUGACUGAAGUAUAGGUUUAAGCCGGGGAACAGGAUUCCUCACUUGCUUGGUUGCUUAUCUCAAGGCAUAUUCAUAAUAAUAACGGUUAACUAAUUGUAACAUAUUUUUAUCAUUUAUUUAUGUACACAACAUAUACAACCCGGUUAACUGCGUACCUGGCGGCCGUGUCGACGCAUUCCAGCGAGGUGCGCAGUUAGCUCGACGAGUUGUGUGCUGAAUAGUUACAAGAAUACUGGAAUGUUUUUUAGUUUGAGUAUCUCUAACAAAUCAGCCCAAAAAAAAUCAUGUUGCAAUAAGAAAUUUAAUCCUACUUGGGAUUUGUUACACAUAUAUAUAUAUAUAUGCUGUAUAAAAAAAUGUUUUUUUUUUCUCCAUAAGACUUAGUGUGCACAAAAGCUAAUGUAAUUAUAAGUACAUACAUUGGCAUCUUAUUUUAUUAAUUAUUUAUUUCUUUUUCUAACUAAAACUGCUUUGUGAUCUCCAAUAGAAACAGUAAUUAUUAGGUUUUAACAAUUAAUAAUAAUCAUGUUUAGUUUGACGUGUUUCUGUUAAAUGGUAAAAGAUUUUGCGCCUAUACUUUGUUUCUAGCUUAUAUUUGUUUUGUUUUUCAUUAGGAUUGCGAAAAAACGUGAAAGGAAAAGUAGCAUAAUUUAACAAUUAAAGUCAGAGAUAAUUACGACUAAUAUUUUCCCAAUUCAUUCCCAAUUAAAUAAUUCGGGUUCUAUUUGUUUUUGCGCCGCGAUAAAGGCGGCGCACGUCUGCGUAACGCGGGAACUUUUUAGUAUAUAAUUAUAAAGCACGCGUUACGCAGCCUGCAACGAUUCCAUACAAAAAAUUUACGCGCACGCGUUCCGCAGUUCAUGUGAACCGCCUUAAACUAGAUAAAUAUUAAACGUUUACGCAAUCACUCACAAUUUAAGAAAAAUCCGAACGAAAAGUCGCGCUGGUUAAUUUUAGAAAAGAUAAAUUACCUAAUUGCUGCAUGCAAGAUAAGUGUGCUGCACUUUUUAUAUGUUACCGUCUAAACUAGAUUUCAGGCCAUAAUAGUUUAGCCCAAUAAUGAUUAAAAAACUCAAAAUAAUUUCUGCCUAAGCAGAACUAGUUAACCCUGAAGUAUUUAGCUCAUAUUAAUUUAUGAGGAAUCAAAUGUAGCCUGAAACCUAAUUGGGCGUGUAACAUAUACAAAUUACAAUAAUUAUAUAUUAUAAUAAUUAUGUUUUAGUUAAGUCAUAUUAUACGAAUAUAGUAAUCAAACAAAUAAGGUAAUCGAUAUUCAGCAUAUUGUUUAUCGGAAAUAAAUAUGACUUAAUAUUUUUUACUAUCGGAAAACUGUUAUCCGCAGUCAACUUACCCAAUAGCCAGACUAUAUCAAAAACUGAGUUGUAAUAAGAAAUAUAGUUAUAAUAAAUAAGCAUACUUAUUACAAAAAAUUAAGUUUUGUUGUAAUAAGUUUUCUUUUUGCAUUGAUGUUGAUUUGAAUAAACUUCUUUAUAUAACAGUCAAAUCAUACAAAUAUAUUUUUAAAUAGAUAUCUUAGUGAUGUUAGAUUGUACAUAAUAUGUUUGAUAAAGCAUAAAUUAUUGUUAGAAAAUGGUGUAUAUUUUUAAAUAAACUCCUUUCUGUUUAAA